AUUGUAGUUGUUGUUUGAUGGCCCUCCUAAUUGUAAUUAUUUGUAUGGUACGGCAACGUCCAAUACAAAUUAGUUACAUUACACAACUAUCGACUACCGGCUCUCAUCACUAAAUAUUUUUAGUUGAAUAUAAACAUUGUCACAUUUGUUAUUUAUUUUAUUUUUACAGAAUUGUACCAAAAAUAUUAGUUGUAGUGUAAAAAUACAACUGUGAUUUUAUUUAGAAUUAUUUGGAGUACAUUCAUAACGUUUUAAUCUCGCCGCAAAAUGUCGGAACGAAAAGUGUUGAAUAAAUAUUAUCCUCCGGACUUUGAUCCGUCAAAAAUUCCUCGUAUGAAAUUGGCUAAGAACAGACAAUAUACCGUACGUUUAAUGGCACCAUUCAACAUGAGAUGCAAGACCUGUGGAGAAUAUAUCUAUAAAGGAAAAAAGUUCAAUGCACGAAAGGAGGAUGUUGAAAAUGAAACAUAUUUAGGAAUACGUAUUUACCGUUUUUACAUUAAGUGUACACGUUGCCUACAGGAAAUUUCAUUUAAAACCGAUCCAAAAAACACGGAUUAUGAAAUUGAAGCAGGCGCUACAAGAAAUUUCAUGGCUCUAAAACUAGCCGAAGAACAAGCUCGUAGGCAGAUAGAGGAAGAACGUGAGGAAGAGGCGAAUAAUCCAAUGAAGUUGCUUGAAAACCGUACACAGCAAUCGCGGAACGAAAUUGAAACGCUUGAAUCGUUGGAAGAGUUACGGGACUUGAAUCGACGUCAUCACAACGUGGAUUACGAAUCCAUGCUGCAACAAUACAACACCACGGAAUCGGAGCAAGAAAGAUUACAACGCGAAGAAAGAGAAGAUGAAGAAUUGGUGAAGUCUAUAAAUUUUAAAACAAGCAAAAGUGGAAGCAAAAUUGUGGCUGAAGAAAUUAUUGAAGAUGUCAAGGAUGAACAAAUUUUACCAACAGAAGCCAAGAAAGCCAAAACUCAUCUGCCGACUAUAGCGAAUGCCAUUAAGUUUAAAUCUACAAGUUCUGUGCCGCUCGUAAAACGUAAAACGCCACUUGUCAUCAAUAAAUCAAACCCAACUGCAGCAACUGCUCUUGUUAUAACAAAGGAAACUACAAAUACUUCUUCCCCGGUAACAGAAACUACCACUAAUCAGGCUGCUACAGCAUCAUCGACAACAACAACCAAAUUAGAUAGUCAAAAACCGGCUGAUGCCAAGAAUAGCGGACUCUCAUUAUUGUCGAAUUAUCUCAGUAGUUCUGACGAAUCAGAUUAAGCUGUAUAUCAACUUGUAAAUAUGUAAACAAGAUUCUGUGAAAUAAUUUUUUACGCACUAUUAAAACCAACUCCAUUUAUAAUGCAAAAAGUUCUCCCAA